AUGGAAGAGGAACACAAUCGCUCUUUACCUUUCCUUGAUGUUUUGGUCACCAGGCAGAAGUCAGGCAUUUUAUCGCAUUCAGUCUACCGCAAACCAACUCAUACCGACAGAUAUUUGAAUAAACGCUCGUUUCACCACCCAUCUACCAAGAAAGUAGUUUGCAACACACUUAUAAGAAGAGCACAAAGCAUCAGUGACCGCAACUCCAUCCAGAAAGAGAUGCAACAUGUAAAGGAAGCCCUGAAACUCAACGGUUAUCACAUGAGAGAUUUGAAAAUACAGAAACGCAGCAAUAGCCAAGAUGACACGGAACCUAGAAAGUCUGAUAAGCCACCAGCAAAUAGCCAGCCAGGAGUUUAUCGGAUACCAUGCGAAUGCGGAAAGGUUUACAUUGGUGAAACAGGUCGUGAUCUCCGUACCAGGCUCAAGGAACACCAAGGCCAUGCCAGGAGAGGGGAACAACAGAAGUCAUCUAUAGUCAUGCACUCCCACACACAUGGGAUCUAUAGACAUUCCCCCAAGUCUGCCAAUGGUUAG